AUGCUAUCUUUGAACCUCCGGCCGCCGGCAAAUGCCGCUCUCCCCAAUCCCAGACCUAAACACGCCAUUAACGCUUCACUUUUCGAUCCAAAGCUCGUGAAGGCGACCGCUUUCAGAAACCCCACUUCAGAUUUCAACCGGAGCCCGAGACUCGGGCUCUGUUCAGGCCACCCCAUUCGCCAGAUCCACAAAUCCGGACCCGAAUUCGGGAAAUCCUUCACCGGCCCACGUGGGCUGCUAUCCCGAUUAUCGCCUCAGAUCCCUCAAUCGGCAUCGGGAUCCCCGCCGGAAUCCAGUCCGGACGGCGGCGAGAUCGAAUCUCCCAAGCCGAGCAAGACGCUGAAGCUCGCCGUCGUUUUCGGCCUAUGGUAUUUCCAGAACAUAGUUUUCAAUAUCUACAAUAAAAAAGCCCUGAACGUGUUCCCAUACCCUUGGUUCCUCGCUUCCUUUCAAUUGUUUUGCGGGUCGAUUUGGAUGUUCAUUCUCUGGUCCCUUAAGCUCCAGCCCGUCCCAAAGAUCAACAAGCCGUUUAUAGUCGCGCUUCUCGGCCCAGCGCUUUUCCACACCAUCGGCCACAUCUCAGCUUGCGUCUCCUUCUCCAAAGUCGCUGUUUCAUUCACCCACGUCAUCAAAUCCGCCGAGCCCGUCUUCUCAGUCGUCUUCUCGGCUUUUCUUGGCGACUCGUAUCCUCUCAAGGUCUGGCUCUCGAUCCUCCCCAUCGUUUUCGGUUGCUCUUUAGCUGCUGUAACUGAAGUCUCCUUCAAUUUCGGUGGUCUGUGGGGUGCUAUGAUAAGCAAUGUGGGAUUCGUGCUCCGUAACAUCUACUCGAAAAGGAGCCUGCAGAGCUUUAAGGAAGUAAACGGGCUGAAUUUGUACGGCGUGAUUAGUAUAAUCUCGUUGUUGUACCUUUUCCCCGUGGCCAUUUUUGUCGAGGGCUCUCAGUGGGUCGCAGGGUACCACAAGGCAAUAGCUACCAUUGGAAAGCCCUCGACUUUCUAUCUGUGGGUGAUGUUAUCGGGCAUAUUCUAUCAUCUGUACAAUCAGUCGUCUUAUGAAGCGCUUGACGAUAUUAGCCCGCUUACUUUUUCGGUUGGGAACACGAUGAAGAGGGUUGUUGUUAUUGUGGCGACUGUUUUGGUGUUUAGAAAUCCUGUUAGGCCGUUGAAUGCGCUUGGUUCGGCUAUCGCGAUUUUCGGGACCUUUUUGUACUCUCAGGCCACGGCUAAGAAGCCUAAGGUCGAGGGAGCUGAGAAGAAGGAUUAG